CUAGGAGCUGGGCGCCAGAUGGAUAAACAUAGUUUAGAAUAUAUCUUUGUCCUCUAUUGUUCUUUUGUGUUAGAUAUUUUGCAUUUUGUUUUUUCCAACUUGUUCAACAUUUUGCACUUUUACAAGAACCCAGAAUUGUUAAGUGUGUGUUAUCCCCAUUGAUGAGUAACUUUUUUACAACCAUGGACAGGCAAGAGAGAGCUCAUCAAGACCUUGAAUGUCCACUCAUUGAUCAAUGUUCAGUUGGAACUAAUGAUCACAUCCGAUUUGGGAGAAAAUGCAACGAGAUAAUCGAAGAAGCAAAGAAGCUGUUAAGAUUGGCAGGCCCUCUAGUAAUGGUUAACCUCUUGAUAUAUUCUUUACAAGUAAUCUCAGUUAUGUUUGUUGGUCAUCUGGGAGAGUUAGCCCUUUCAGGUGCUUCAAUGGCUACUUCUUUCGCUUCUGUUACCGGUUUCAGCUUGCUUACAGGAAUGGGGAGUGCAUUGGAUACCUUUUGUGGUCAGUCAUAUGGAGCAAAACAGUAUCAUAUGCUUGGAAUUCAUCUGCAAGGAGCCAUGUUUGUUCUCCUUUUGGUAACUUUUCCUCUGGCAUUCAUCUGGGCUAAUGCAGGGUGCAUUCUCCAAUUCUUAGGGCAAGAUGCCGAAAUUUCAACUGAAGCCGGGCUGUAUGCGCGCUAUAUGAUCCCAAGCAUCUUUGCUUUUGCUCUUCUGCAAUGCCAUAUUAGGUUUCUGCAAUCACAAAACAAUGUCAUCCCAAUGAUGCUCAGCACUUGUUUCACAACCAUUCUCCAUGUAUUCACUUGCUGGUUUUUGGUGUUUAAGUCUGGACUUGGAAGCAAAGGUGCAGCCCUGGCUAAUGCUAUUUCUUACUGGAUCAAUUUGUUACUGUUGGCAACAUAUGUCAGGUUAUCUCCUUCCUGCAAGAAAACUUGGAAUGGUUUCUCAAAAGAUUCGUUAAAGGGCGUGCCAAAGUUUCUGAAAUUGGCUGUCCCUUCAGCUGUAAUGAUCUGUUUGGAGAUCUGGUCUUUCGAGAUGAUGGUAUUGUUAUCUGGCCUUCUACCAAAUCCAAAAUUAGAAACAUCAGUUCUCUCCAUCAGCCUAAAUACUAGUAGUACAUUCUUCAUGAUACCGCUUGGGCUUGGCAGCGCUAUAAGUGUAAGAGUGUCCAAUGAACUAGGUGCUGGAAGGCCAUAUGCAGCUCGUUUAGCAUCACACAUCGCGGUGUUCAUGAUUACUAUAGAGGGCAUCUUGGCAGGAACAAUGAUGACUGUUGGACACAAUAUAUGGGGCUAUUGCUAUAGUACAGAAGAGAAUGUUGUAAAAUAUGUUGGAGAAAUGUUGCUUUUGAUUGCAGUAUCUCAUUUCAUAGACGGCAUUCAAUCUGUGCUUUCAGGAGCUGCACGUGGAUGUGGGAAGCAAAGGAUAUGUGCAAUAGUUAAUUUGGGUGCUUAUUAUCUACUUGGUCUGCCUGCUGGAAUAUUUCUAGCCUUUUCCCAUCAAGUCGGAGGAAAGGGUCUGUGGAUGGGACUCAUCGUGGCUCUUAUAGCGCAUGCAUCGUUCCUUUGCAUGAUAAUCUUAAGAACUGAUUGGGAAAAGGAGGUAUAAGUUAAGAGCUUCUUGAUUGUUUACUUGCAUGAUGAUCCAGAUAGCUACUGCUUUUUGUUACAUCUGUAAAUGCUAUAUUCUGUUCCGACAAUAUUUUGCAGGCCAAAAAAGCUAAGGAAAGAGUACAUUGCGUUUUAUUCUCCGAAGAAGAAGCAGUAUGAAAUAAAGAAACCGGUCUUGCCUCAGUGGUGGAGGUACUGCUAAGACUAGGGAUGGAGGUUUUAGCUAGAGAGCUUGUUCUUGCUUACUAGAGGAAAAAUGGAACAUAAAUAAUCCCCCAUUGAUUUGCAUGAAUCUGCAACAGUGAACAUGGAUUUCCACAAAUUUUUGCAUAGAACGACCUCAAAAGUUAAAAGGAACCCAAGAUAAUAGAGUACGGUUAUGGGAAGGGCCAGAGAUCAGGCAAUGUGCUCUGCAAGACUCAGGAUCUUGACAUGCUUUUUCUUCCUGAGCUCAUGUGGAACUGGGCCGAACACCCUGGUUCCAAUUGGCUCUCCUUGCUUGUUUACCAGAACCACUGCGUUGUCAUCAAACUUGACUUCACUUCCAUCACAACGGCCUCGCUGCAUCGCGGCGCGAACGACGACACCGUAUACAACCUGUCCUUUCUUCACUUUCCCUCCAGGUUGAGCUUCUUUUACUGAUGCAACUAUCAUGUCUCCCAAUCUAGCACCUCUCUUGCCUUUCAAUGCCUGUAUGCACAUUACCCUCUUUGCCCCAGAGUUGUCCACUACUUUGAGAUUGGUCCUCAUCUGUAUAAAGGUCCUCAGUUGCUGGAAACACAAAAGACAUGUAUUAUGUUUGAACAUAAUAUCGGUUACAAUUUCUCCCCUUAGAAAGGAUGCUUUCAUUAGACACAUCUUUGGCCAACUCAAUAAUAUAAACUUUUCUGAACUCAUUCAGUUCAAGAAUUGCCCACAGAUAUUUCUAUAGGUCAUCUUAUUAAUGACAAGAUAUGAGCAAAACUUGCAGUCAUUUGUUUAUUAAUGACAACUAGUGAACAUUGUGGCCAUAUGUUGAUAAACUAAUACCAGUUGAGGGGUUAAAAGAAUUCUUGAAGAGGCAUAGGGAAAGCCAGAUAUAAAUUUUGGCAUAAUAUGUUGAUUGCACAGAAGAAACAAAAUUAGGUGAAGGUCCACAUAAGGAUAAAAAUUAAAAUGUCAUAUGCGUGCCUGAUCAGCCAAUUGGUCACUCCGAUUAAUUACCAUUAAUUGACAACAAAGUUAUGAGUAAUGGAGAGCAAAGGAAGGCACAAGGACAAACUGUCCCGCAAAAAAAAGGGAAAUCUGUUUGCAGAAGUAAAGGAAGUAACUUGGUUUCACAGAAGAAAGAGGUGUUGUUUUCCAGAUAUUGUAAACCUCUGACACGAAAUAUAAGUUGUCAACAGUAAAGGGCCAACUGGAAGAUAUGUCUGUGUCACACACACAAAAAAAGAAACUUCUGGAACCGAUUAACUGAAAAGGAAUCUAACCUGAAAGCCAAAGUAAGCAGAGG